AAUAAACAAAAUCAUCGUCUGCUAAAAAAGUAACAUUCUAUUUUCUUUUUCUUGGGUAUCCUGAGAAAACUUAGAGAAAACUGGCACUAGAAGACUAUUAUACUUCAUGCAUGGGAAAAUACUGCGUCAUCUAUGAGGAUUACCUAGAAAGAAGCCAUAUUUAAAGUAUUAUUGUUAAAUAUUUUAUCACCUGAUAUUCGCAUUCGCUCUAAUCAAGGACAACAUUGAAACAGAGGCAGUUUUUUUUUUUUGCGUAAAUGCAUUCUUCGUCUAUCUUCACCUGCUACUUAAAGCUUAUAGAAUGGCAAGCAUUCUCGGUAACCAUCGGCAGUCUCGCUGUCUGUCUGUCUUAUUACUACCUAUGUAUCGGAAGAAAGCCUCAACUAGUCGCAGGACCGAAGUCUAAAUUCAUCAAAUUCCUACUCGACCACUGCUCCAUUUUAGAAGAGCCUUUUUGGCCCACGCCUUGGUGCUUUGGUGGACGGGCGCAGACUAUUAUAGGUAGCUUACUGAAAAGCCAUCCGAUUGUUAAGUACAGAAGAGAAUUACUACAUAUCCCAGAUGGUGGGGAACUUUUUCUGGACUGGCUUGACAAUGGCAGUUUAACUGCCAAAAGUUCAAAUACAUUCCCAACAGUUCUGAUUCUCCCAGGGCUUACUGGAACAAGUCAGCAUGGAUAUGUGCUGCACUUUGUGAAAGAAAUAGAGCAACUAGGAUAUAGGGCUGUUGUUUUGAAUAAUAGAGGUCUAGGUGGGGCUCGCUUGCGCACUCCAAGAGCCUUUUGCGCUGCGAAUACUGAAGAUCUAGAAUUUGUUAUCUCACAUAUACACAACACAUAUCCUGGGAUACCCUUGAUAGCAGUGGCAGUGUCACUUGGGGGAAUAAUCUUGACAAAUUAUUUGUCAAAAUUCAGUGGGGAGAAUUUCCCUGGUCUAUUAGCUGCCAUGACAAUUUCUGUCCCAUGGGAUCUAUUCAGGUCUGCUGAUUCCUUGGAAGAGCCUGUAAAUUCCUUAUUGUUGAAUCGUCACCUGGCAAACUUGUUAUGUAAGUUAGUGAGAGAUAACACAAUUAUGGUAGAGGCACUGAAGGAAGAUAAGCCAAAUAUCAGGCUAAAUCACAUACUUCAAUCAAGAACAGUGCGAGAGUUUGACAACAGACUUAUUGCACCAAUGUUUGGUUUUAAAGACAGCAGUGAGUACUAUGCAGCUGCCUCGCUGCAUUCCAAGCCAUUGCAUUUGAUCAACAUUCCUUUGCUGUGUCUGUCAGCUGAAGACGAUCCAUUUGCUCCUGUUGACACCCUCCCCCUUGACAAGAUCAAGAGUUGCCCUAAUGUAGUCAUGGUACUUACUUCUCGUGGAGGACAUAUUGGCUACACAGAGGGACUGAUUCCCAGUGGGCGUGGCUAUGCUGACAGGCUUAUGUCACAGUAUGUGAAAUCCAUUAUUGAGAGUGGACACUUAUUGAAUGCAGGAGAGACUGCUGAAGUCAAUCAAAGAAAGUAAAAGUAAUAAACAAACAUUUCAGCAAUUGUCAUCAAGCAAAAUAAUUGAAAUUGUAUUCAAUCAGAAAAGUGUGCAAGAUAAAUUUAGUAAAUAAUUAUUGUGAAAGCUAUUUGGCCAAGAAUAAAUGUACAGUUGGCACCUAAAUAUAUAGCUGUAAUCCUUGAACUACAGCUAACUAACUAUUUGAUUUUGUGUUGUUUUUUCAUUUUGGCCAAUAUUAAUUAAGGUUUAAAUAUGAGUGCCAUAAUAAAUCACCUGCCCAUGCUGCAUUGCAAAAGGCAGCCAUUAAA